UGGAUAACACUCAGAGCACACUUGCACUUUGUUUCCCCAAAUAAUAGAUGGAGCUUUCAGACGCAGUAUUUCACAGCUGAAUGGUUGUUCCUUCAAACCUUCCUAGACUUGACAUUAUGGCUUUAGACAAAAUGAAGAUGGGGUUGAUUUGUAUUCUAUCCUACAUGUGCUUCCUCAUUCCUCUCCACCAAGCACAACUUCCAAGUGCCACCAUCUCAGAUCUUUCUUUCAAAAACAUGGACUUUGCCAUGAAGCUUUACAGAAAAAUAUCCAGUUACAACGACGAGAACAUAUUUUUCUCACCCCUGAGCAUCUCGACCAGUUUCAGUGCUCUCUUGAUGGCUUCUGACGGCGUCACCCGCGAGGAGUUGCUCAAGGGUCUCAACCUGGAGCAGCUCGAGAUAGCUGACCAGCCAGAACUCAUCCCGAGACUUUUCCAGCUCCUUCACGAGAACAUCACACAGAACGGAUCGCUGAAACUGGAAGAAGGCAUGGCCCUCUUCGUUAACCAGCAUUUUGAGGUGGCAAAGAAUUUUGAAAACCAGAUCAAGACGAUUUUUGAUGCUGACAUUAAAACUGUAGACUUCACAGACACAGAGGCAAGUGUCAAGUUCAUCAAUGAAUACGUCAAGAAAAAGACUGAGGGCAAAGUGGAAGAGAUUAUAUCAAGCCUGGACACACAGACCCAGCUCAUGUUAAUCAACACAAUUUUCUUCCAGGGAGCCUGGGAGUUGCCGUUCAACCCCAUUGACACUCAAAGUUAUCCCUUCUACAUCGAUAACUAUAACAUUGUGCAAGUGCCCAUGAUGACUCAAUUGGCUAAUUUCUACAUGACACUCGACGUCCCACUCGGAGCCAAAGUGCUGAAGCUGCCAUACAAGAAAGGUGUCUCCAUGCUCAUCCUGCUACCCAACAAAGGCGUCGACUACACUGUGAUCGAUGAUCAAAUCACUGCUCGCAAGUUCCUCGAGUGGGUCACAAAUCUGCAAAAAACCAAACUGGAGGUCAGCAUGCCCAAAUUCAUUCUGGAGCAGUCGUAUUCCCUGCACCACAUCCUACCAGACAUGGGCAUGCCUAGUAUCUUCACUAAUUCAGCCAAUUUGACAAGGCUGAGUAAGGAUCAACCCAUCAAAUUGUCAGAGGUGCUGCACAAGGCUGUGAUUGACGUGGAUGAAACUGGGACCACGGCAGCAGCUGCCACAACAACCGGCAUUACCGGGUAUUCCUUACCCCGGUCAUUCACUAUCAACAGGCCAUUUUUCUUCUUCAUAUAUCAUGAAGACACAAACACUCUGCUGUUCAUGGGUCGGGUGACUGACCCCACCAAAAACUAGUAUCUCUCUAUGCGGGUUUCCUGAAAGCUUGAUGGUUUGAAAUACCUGUUUUGAUCUGUUUCGUAAAAGACAAACAUAUAUAUGAUCAAUGUUAAUAAAGACUUUACAUUGA